CAUAUCCAAAGAGGCAAAUAGUGUUUCAGAUUAAGGUUUUCCACCAAUAAGCAAUUUAUGUUUGAUAUAAUAAACAUGAAUAGUCGUGUGAAAAAAAAAACUAAAAAAUAAGAUUGGAUUUAGGCCGUGGAAGACAAGGAUAGAGAAUUAAGAGUGGCGAGGCAGAAAACAGAGAAGUGGAAAAAGUGUAUGAAACUGCCAUUAAUGACUUCUUUGUUUGUUUCCUCUCCAACACUUGCUUAUUAAGCUCCGUCACCCAUCACCCUCUGCGAUCUCACCCUCCAAACCAUAAUUCUCAACCUCCCAAAAUGGAUUUCGAAGAACAUGAUGAAGCUCAGUUGGGGAUGCCUGGACCCACAUAUGAUCACUCGCCGUUCAACCCCUGCCGAGUCAAAAUGCCAACUCACAUCGUCCAGGAAGACCCUCUGCCUCCUGCGGCCACUCCACCACCCACCAUCAGCCGAAACAACGCCAGGGGAAAAUACAAAGAGUGCCUCAAGAACCACGCCGUGGGAAUCGGCGGCCACGCGCUCGACGGCUGCGGUGAGUUCAUGGCGGCGGGAGCCGAGGGUACCCUGGAUGCCCUCAAAUGCGCUGCCUGCAACUGCCACCGCAACUUCCACCGGAAGGACCCUUCGGAGAGCUCCUUCCUAAUGCCCUUCCAGCACCGCCGCCACCAGCCGCCGCCACAGUUCGCGGCGGCCUACUACAGGGCCCCGGCGGGCUACUUGCAGGUGGCGGGGCCGCAUCGUGGAGGCCUUGCCACGCUGGCACUCCCCUCCACGUCAGGUGCGGGCGGUGGGGCCCAGAGCCCGAGGGAGGACCAGGAAGAUGUGUCGGACCCAAGUGGUGGUGGUAGCGGGUCCAACAAGAAGAGGUUCAGAACCAAGUUCACUCUGGAACAGAAAGACAAGAUGCUCGCUUUCGCUGAAAAACUGGGUUGGAGGAUUCAAAAACACGACGAGAGUGUCGUGCAGGAGUUCUGUUCCCAAACUGGUGUUCAACGGCAUGUCCUCAAGGUUUGGAUGCAUAACAACAAGCACACCCUUGGUAAGAAGCCCUAGAAGAAAUAUAAAUCAACAACCCCGUCUCUCUCUCUCUAUAUAUUUAUAUCCUACCCUUUCUUCACUCUCUAUAUAUAUGUAUGUUCCUAUAUAUCUAGUUACCAUCACAGCCACCAUUCCAAGCUGGAAGCUCAACGUUGAAGCUGGGAAAUUGCGUUGCUGAAUGUCUGACAAGUCCGCAGCAGUAGCUCAUCAGGAUCAUAGUUCUUAGGGUUUUUCCUUUUCUUUUUCUUUUGGAUUCACCUUUAAUUUUCUUAUGACAUUGGAGAACGAUGGGGGUACUUUCCUUAUUCCCUUUGCAAAAUAUAUUAGUAAUGCUUUGAGUUGCAUUCUAAUUAGAGCAUCAUUGUUGUUAGUGGGCUCGUAUAUAUGGUUAUAUGUUUUAUGGUCAGUGGUUUUGUUUGUGCAUGUUUGUGUUACUUUGAAGAAUGUGAGGGUGAAAGCGUUUUUGGUAAUUGUAUUGAGUUGGUGAAGGAUGGAGUGCAUGAAUAAUGGCGACGAUGAGGAAGGUGAACAGAUUGCUUUUGUUUUGUUUUGUGGACUGUGAAUCUCGUAUAUGUGGUCUAUCCUAAGACAGUUGUUGGAAGGAGGAAGUUUCUCGGUACCAUCAAUGCCUUCUCGCCUGCAUUUUCCGUUUUACAUGUCUUUCUAUACGUCUACGCUUGUCACUGCGUCUUCGCUCUCUUCUGCUAACUGCAAAGUGCGCUAAACUUUUCAGCUCCUCCCACGCACUGAAAAAAGUGGAUGGGGAAAUUCUCAAUCCACUGCCUGCAACCUUCAUGCAUUUCCUUUCGUUUUUACAGAACCUUGUUUUCGUUAUUUCCGUUGUUUUCGCCAGCUUUUGUUGUUUUCUUCCAUCCCUUAUGCGUAAAG